UUAGUAAAUGCAGUUUGCAGUCGAGUGUCAUGGAAUCACACUGGUAGCAGGGAUAAAGAAAACCUUUAACUAACCACUGAAUUAAGGAGAAAAAGAGAAUAGACACUACAGAGAGUAAAGAGAAGAGAGUCUGGUCUUUCAUCCUCUUAUCUGGGCAUCAGACGGAGGAGAGGAGAGGAAUCCAGAGAGAAACGGAUGAUAACAGGGUGCUCAUUCCUGUUUAACACCAUACAGCCAGGAACAGACUGCAUCUGCAACAUACGGCCAGCGUCGUCAUUGGGAAUGCUGCGUUACAUUGGGAUUGUGUAAAUGUGCCAGUGUGUGUGUAUCUAUGAGUUGAUAAUAGCAACCCUAUUGGUAUUCUGAGGAGGGAGCUCCAGGAUCUCUCUCUGCUCCUACCCAGGAUGGCAUCACAGAGACGGGAUUGUGCUCGCCUGUGGAGAGGCCACUGGAAUGGGGCUGAAACCUAGUGGAAUGAUCUCUACCUUUCUGAAUCCUUUCCUUGUCCGUCAGGAGUCACAGUUCCCACCAUGGGGAAUAAAGACAAACUGCUAGCAUCCAGCACCCCAAUACUGACCACCUCUCUACCCCUGCAGAGCGACCCCCCCCCACAAGGAGCCCAACCACCAGUGCUACAAUUGUUCCAGUGAGAGACGUGUACAAUGGACUCUUCUGAUUACAACCGCAUCCAAUGGGAUUUAAUGAAACCUAGAGGUUUGGGGUGUUGAUGCCAGCACCACAGCUUGUAGAGGAUCUUCAACUUCGGGGGACGUGUCUCCUUGGAAGGGAAUACUCAACUGUGACUCUCCUCCAGAAAACUACAUGAGAUUGUGGUACAUUGGUGGAUUUAUCGGCUGUACAUCCUGUCUAGAUUAUGGGACUUUACUCUGUUCACUUCAAAGUUCUGCGUCUGUUCCAGACCGGUUCCUCAGCAGAACCAAGUAGUUGACAUUCCCCCCUUGGGAAUACCGCCUUCUGAUUUGUUUGGGGGCUUAUUUUUUAAAGGAACAAUUUCCCCUCCACUUUCCCUUUUUCUGGUCUUCCUCCUUUCCCCCCACCUCUUCAUCCAUUGAGGAGGAAUAUAUUAUGAAACAAGUCUAUUCUUCCUGAUCCUCCCUUGGUGACAGAGAGAAAAGAGGGACAAACUGCCCUGAAUAGAUAACGAGGAAGGAGAGAGAGAACGGAGAAGAGAAGGAGAUAGGGAAACACAGAGAGAGAGAGAAGAGAGAGAGAGAGAGAGAAGAGAGAGAGAGAGAGAGAGAGAGAGAGAGAGAGAAGAGAGAGAGAAUUAACUGAGAUUUGUCAGAAACCUUCUAGAGACUUCCUGCCUCAGCCUAAUUUAGUCUGUCUGUCUCUUAGAUCCGCUGGAAGCUGAUUGGUUGGUCAGCUGGUUGGUUGCACGAUGGGCAGAGAAAGAGGCAGAAUUCUGACCGGGGGGGGUAGCUGAGCACUAGAGGAGGGUAAAAGGUCCCACUCUACACCCCUGGACCGGAACUGGAUGGCUCUUAAACAGACAGACAGACAGUAAACUGGGAGGCAUUAUAAACAAGCAUUACAAACAGACAGUUGUCAUUGUCAUUCCAGACUGUGUGUGUGAGAGAGAGAGAGAAAGAGGGAGAUAAAAGUAGAGAAGAGAGAAGCAGUCAGUCCUGUGUUGGGUUUGGUGCUGCCUGUCUGCCUGACGGGGACUGAGAGCGAGCGACGCAGCAAUUAGAGGAUCUGACUGCAUCCCCCUCAGCCUCAGCCUCCACUGGCAAAACUAGACAGAAACAAACAAACAAACAAACAAGUAGGGUGACUGCUACUAGAAGGGAAGGACAGGUUAGAUAGAGGUAGUGACAGCAAGAGUGAGAGAGAGGGAAGGAAAGAGAAAAGUAGACAGUGCAAAGGAGAGGGAUAGAGAGCAGGUGUCUGAAAUCCUCUCCCUCUGCUUGUAAUUUUCUCUUCUGUUUCCCCCUCUUCUUCUGGGAGAGGUAUUGGAUUUAGACAGCGGUACUCGGAGUCGUCGAGGCCUUCUGCCAGGGAAGGAAACGAGGGAAGGAGAGAGAGAGAAAGGGAAGGAGGGGGGCCCUUUUGGAUUGAAACAGACUCAUUUUUCAACCCUCGUGUUUUAUUUGACUAAGAGGCUCCUUCCACGUCUAUUGCUCUACUGAGGAGAGGGAGAGAGAUAAAGAAAGGGAAGAAGACAGCACAAUACCUUUUCUUUUCCUCCUUCUGUCUUUUACUCUCUACUUUUGUUGAGCGUGUCUGAAGAUUUUUUCUAUCCUCAUUUGUUGCUUUUUCUCUUCACCUCCAAAAGGAAUAUUGUUGCCCAGCUAUCACAGUCCAAGUACCGGAAUCUUCCAUCUUGUCCUCUCUCUCUCAGCCCCCCACCCCUACACGGAGACAAUCCGGAACGCUGUGACAGCUCCACAAGUCCCCCCCCCCCCCAACAGUGGAUUCUAUCUCCAUGCCUGUCGAGGGCUGUGCUGACUGGCUACUACACACAUAUAUGGUACACCGCUUCUGAUAUCGUCUGACUCAUUCUGCCUGGGAGACAGAUGGAAAGGUGGCGAGCAGGCAGCCAGCAGACCGUUCUCCAUGAGGAGCAGUAGAAGAUGCCGGCUCUGCCAGCGCUGCUGCUGUCGAUACACUUCUCCUCCUUCCUGCUAGUUACCAUGGCACCACGCUCCGGAAGCCAGGCCGCCCUGCUCUCCUCCGUCCGGAUGGCUGCGAUCCUGGAUGACCAGUCAGUGUGUGGGCGUGGGGAGCGGCUGGCUCUGGCCCUGGCCAGGGAGAACAUCAACAGUGUGAUGGAGGGAGGGGCUAGAGCCCGUGUGGAGGUGGAUAUAUUCGAACUGCAGAGGGACUCCCAGUAUGAGACCACUGACACCAUGUGCCAGAUUCUACCUAAAGGAGUGGUGUCUGUGAUAGGCCCUGCCAACAGCCCUGCUUCUGGCUCGACUGUCAGUCAUAUAUGCGGAGAGAAGGAGAUCCCUCAUGUAAAGAUAGGUCCAGAGGAGACUCCCAGGUUGCCCUACCUACGUUUUGCCUCGGUCAGUCUGUACCCUAGCAACGAGGACAUGAGCCUGGCCGUGGCAGCCAUCCUGCGAUCCUUCAGCUACCCCUCAGCCAGCCUGGUCUGCUCCAAGGCCGAGUGCCUUCUGCGAUUGGAGGAGCUAGUGCGGCGCUUCCUGAUCUCCAGGGAGACGCUGUCAAUCAGGAUGCUGGAUGACAGCCUGGAUCCCACCCCUCUGCUGAAGGAGAUACGAGACGACAAGGUGGCCACCAUCAUCAUCGACGCCAACGCCUCCAUCUCCUACCUCAUCCUCAAAAAGGCGUCAGAGUUGGGGAUGACAUCAGCGUUUUACAAGUACAUCCUCACCACCAUGGACUUCCCCCUGCUGAGGCUGGAUGACAUAGUCGAUGACCAGUCCAACAUCAUAGGGUUCUCCAUGUUCAACACCACCCAUCCAUUCUACCUGGAGUUCAUCAGGAGUCUCAACCUGUCCUGGAGGGAGGGCUGUGAUCUCAUCUACCCCGGGCCUGCGUUGUCGUCAGCGUUGAUGUUUGACGCGGUGCACGUUGUGGUGGGGGCGGUGAGGGAGCUCAACAGGAGUCAGGAGAUUGGAGUCAAACCUCUCAGCUGCACCUCUCCUCAGAUUUGGCAACACGGCACCAGCCUCAUGAACUACCUACGCAUGGUGGAGCAUGAUGGUCUGACAGGCCAUGUGGAGUUCAACAGUAAAGGACAGAGGACCAACUACACCCUGAGGAUUCUAGAGAAACACCGCAGGGGUCACAGAGAGAUUGGUAUCUGGUACUCCAACAACACACUGGCUAUGAACGCCACCAGUCUGGACAUCAACGUCUCGGAAACACUGGCCAACAAGACCCUCAUCGUCACCACCAUAUUGGAGAGCCCCUAUGUGAUGCGUAAGGGGAACUACCAGGAGUACCAGAGGAAUGACCAGUAUGAGGGCUUCUGUGUGGACAUGUUGAGAGAGCUGGCAGACAUCUUGAAGUGCUCCUUCAGGAUUAAACUGGUGGAUGAUGGGCUGUAUGGAGCACCUGAACCCAACGGGUCCUGGACCGGCAUGGUGGGAGAGCUCAUCAACAGGAAAGCAGACUUGGCAGUAGCAGGCUUUACCAUCACCUCUGAGAGGGAGAAAGUCAUAGACUUCUCCAAGCCCUUCAUGACGCUAGGAAUCAGCAUCUUGUACAGAGUCCACCUGGGGAGGAAGCCGGGGUAUUUCUCCUUCCUGGACCCCUUCUCUCCGGCUGUUUGGCUCUUCAUGCUGCUUGCCUACCUGGCUGUCAGCUGUGUGCUCUUCCUGGCUGCAAGGUUAAGUCCCUAUGAGUGGUACAACCCCCACCCAUGUCUGCAGGGGCACAAGGACAUGCUGGAAAACCAGUACACCCUAGGGAACAGCCUGUGGUUCCCUGUAGGAGGCUUCAUGCAGCAGGGCUCUGAGAUCAUGCCCCGUGCCCUGUCCACACGCUGCGUCUCAGGGGUCUGGUGGAUGUUUACUCUGAUCAUCAUCUCCUCCUACACGGCCAACCUGGCAGCCUUCCUGACCGUCCAGAGGAUGGAGGUGCCCAUCGAGUCUCCUGACGACCUGGCCGACCAGACCAACAUCGAGUAUGGCACUAUCCAUGGGGGGAGCACCAUGACUUUCUUCAUGAACUCGCGCUACCAGACCUACCAGCGCAUGUGGAACUACAUGCACUCCAAGCAGCCCAGUGUGUUUGUGAAGAGCACGGAGGAGGGCAUUGCCCGCGUGGUCAACUCUAAAUAUGCCUUCCUCCUGGAGAGCACCAUGAAUGAGUACUACCGCAAACUCAACUGUAACCUCACCCAGAUAGGUGGUCUGCUGGACACCAAGGGCUACGGCAUCGGCAUGCCACUGGGCUCUCCGUUCAGAGAGGAGAUCACUAUGGCCAUCCUGCACCUGCAGGAGAACAACAGGCUGGAGAUCCUGAAGAGGAGGUGGUGGGAGGGAGGACAGUGCCCUAAAGAGGAGGACCACAGAGCCAAGGGUCUGGGCAUGGAGAACAUUGGGGGUAUCUUCGUGGUGUUGAUCUGUGGCCUCAUCAUCGCUGUGUUCGUGGCCAUCAUGGAGUUUGUGUGGUCGACGCGCUGCUCUUCAGAGACAGACGAGGUACGCCCUCACUCCUGCCCUCGCCGACACCACAGACCCACCCCAGUGUCUGUCUGUCAGGAGAUGAUCACAGAGUUCCGAAACGCCGUCUCCUGUAAGAAGAGUUCCCGUUCCCGUCGUCGCCGCCCCCUGGGCAACUCUGCGGCCCUCCGCCACCCCACCCGCAUCGCCCUGGGGACCCAGCGGCCCCUCCGCCUCGUACGGGAGAUGCGCCUCAGCAACGGCAAGCUCUACAGCGGCUCGGGACCCCUGACUGGGGGAGCAGGGGGGCCAGGAGGGGGUGUAGGGGCUGGGGGAGGUCCCUCAGACAUGGGCCCCGGGCCUCAGCGACUCCUGGAGGACCCUCUGGGGGCCAACACCACCCCUCCUCACCUGCCCCAGCCACAGGUCCCCGUGGCGCUCCCUCGCAGCUGCACGCAUGUCAGGAUCUGCCAGGAGUGCAGGAGGAUCCAGAGCCUGAGGUCAGGGAUGGGGUCCACAAGGAUCCCCCCCUCAUCUGCACCCCUGCCGCGCCUGCCCCCUCCUCCUCCCCCCUCCUCCUCCAACACAGACAGCGAGGGGGGAGGGGGGUCCAGCCCCCGGCGGCUCCCCCACAGCACCCCUGCACCCUGCCUACCUAUACCACCCCCACAGAGCAGCACUGACACAGACCUUCUGGGGAAGCAGGACUAAGAAUGACGAUCUAGGAGGGUCUGGAGUUGUUUUGAGCUGCUCAGUGACACUAUUCUCUGACCCUCUGUACAUUGGACUCCAGGAGGGAACUACAGGGAGAGAAGGAGGGAGAAAGAGAGAGAGAGAAUUAGAGGGCUCAAAGACGUUGUGAGAUGUGUGAUGAAGCAAUGGAAAGGAUAUAUUUGCACAGAUACCAAAAGACACACCCAUGCAGGAGGAGAAAGACGGAGAGACUUCCUUUGCUCUCCAGCGCGCUGCCCAGCUGGGUCUGAUGUUAGCCCAGUCUGUUCACUUUUCACAGUCUUUCCCUUUCCAUGGUACCACAGACUCACCUACAGCGUCCAGCUCUUCCUCUCUGGACAGUGACCACUGAAGGAGGAGUCCACAUUGAUCCUGGAGGACCUUUAGUCUAUGUAACAUACAACAACAGAAGACUUUAAAACUGACUCAGAGAAUUAUAUGAUUUUCCAGAUUUUUUCGUUGUUGUCUUUGUCGUUUGGUUGCCAUUGUUCUAAGUGGAAGUUACAGAAAAAUAAAGACGAUAUAUGUGACUAAUGUGGUGGAUCACGACACACUAUGAAGACAACACUCCCCUGAGGUUUACUGUGUGGAGUAGGUGUUUUGUUCCUCUGGGGACCCCGUAGCUGCUUUUGAAACGACUUUGAAGAAAGCAGAUUUGGCUGGAAAUUAGUUGUAACAAAGUCAGAUAUGCAUAAUAUAAUGUGUGUGUGUGUGCACGCGCGUAGAGGUCUGUCCUUACAGCAAGUGAGAGGAACAAAUGAUCAUACCAAGUAUAUGAUAAUCAGAGGCUUUGCGAUGUGAAAUGACUUGUUAUCCUGGAGAAUACUUGCCAAGCAUUUUCUCCUCUUUACCUCUAUUCAUAGCACAGACAGAGAAAGGAAGAGGAGAGAGCGAUGGAGUAAGAUAGAGGAGUAAGAGAAAAAAUAGGAACGCAACAGAGAGAUAAAGGAGGACUGUAUUAGAAUGACAAAUCCCUAAUUGAACUACUUCUUUAAUGAGAUUUUUCCUGAUCUGGUAAUUCUGGGCAGCAUCUUGCUGGGGGCUUGGCUCUGCUGCCGGGAGGCUGGGACUAAAGCUUCCCUGCUCUACAUCACGUUGAACUGGCUGUCUGCAGCACAGACGCCUGCCAGAGCUCCACACAGAGCUCCACACAGAGCUCCACACAGAGCUCCACACAGAGCUCCACACAGAGCUCCACACAGAGCUCCACACAGAGCUCCACACAGAGCUCCACACAGAGCUCCACACAGAGCUCCACACAGAGCUCCACACCACCCUGAGCCCUCUCAUUACAGCCUGUGGAGCUUUAGUUCUGGUAAUUAUUCCCCUUUAAUAACUAAUAGCCACACAAUGACUAUGGAGGAGACUGAGGUCAUGGUUUAAUGUUAUAAAAGUAUGACGGGGAAUAAUGUUACAGGGUUCAAGACUUUCAGAGGCUUUCUGCUGCCUCACCACAGAUCAUCAUACACACACACUGACAGACAUAACCAUGUAACCUAAGAAAUACAUCAUUAUUUCUGUGUUCUUCUCUUGGACCCUCAUCAGUGAGCCAGACACACACAUCUGCAUAGGUCACCACUCUAGUCUCAACUCAAUGCAGUGAAACCAUUGGAUGGCUUUCUUCCAAUACACUUCAUUGGCCUCCUUUCCUCGUCUUCUUUCCUACAUAACAAUUGAUCUUACAGGGAUAGACAGGUGAAAGCACUGGUGCAUCUCUAAACCGGUCUUUUCACCUAUCAGUGGUGAAGAGGGAAAAGAGACAAGAAAAGGAAGACUUUUGAGUACUGGGACGCAUAACAAUG